UGAACACUCCAGCACCAGAGCCUGUGUGAUCUUGGAGCUGAACAAUGAAGCUGCUACUUGUUGCCCCUCUCCUCCUGUUUGCCCUAACAAUGUUGGAAGCCCGACCAAAGCCUGCAGCACUAAAAUGUAAGACAGGACCUCUGGACAUCGUGUUUGUGAUUGACAGCUCCCGGAGUGUGCGCCCCUUUGAGUUUGAGACUAUGCGGAGGUUCAUGAUUGACAUCAUCCACAACCUGGAUGUGGGGCUCAAUGCCACGCGAGUGGGGGUGAUCCAGUACUCCAGCCAGGUCCAGAAUGUCUUCUCCCUCAAGACUUACUUCAAGCGGGCUGACAUGGAGAAAGCCAUCAACAGCAUUGUGCCACUAUCCCAAGGUACCAUGACAGGGCUGGCCAUCCAGUAUGCCAUGAACGUGGCCUUCACCACCCAGGAGGGGGCACGUGAGCUUCACAAGAAGAUACCCCGGGUGGCCGUCAUUGUGACAGAUGGGCGGCCCCAGGAUCGUGUGACAGAGGUGGCAGCCCAGGCACGGGAUGCUGGCAUUGAGAUCUAUGCCGUGGGUGUCCAGCGGGCAGACAUGAACUCCCUGAGGGCCAUGGCUUCCCACCCACUGGAGCAGCACGUCUUCCUGGUGGAGUCUUUCGAUCUCAUCCAGCAGUUUGGCAAGCAGUUCCAGGACAAGCUGUGUGGUGUGGAUAUGUGCACAGAGCUGGAUCACGGCUGCCAACACACUUGUGUCAGCGUUCCAGGCUCCUUUUACUGUGGAUGUAACCCAGGAUACAAGCUCAACGCUGAUGGAAAGACAUGUUCCGCCAUUGAUGCCUGUGCUGAUGGGAAGCAUGGCUGUGAGCACCAGUGUGUCAGUGCGCGUGGGUCUUACACCUGCCGCUGCCGGUUGGGUUACUCCCUCAAUGAUGAUAAAAAAACCUGUACUGCGAUUAAUUACUGCAACUUUGGGAACCACAGCUGCCAGCACGAGUGCGUGAGCCUUGUGAAUGGGUACUAUUGCCGCUGCAAUGAUGGCUUCACUCUGCAGGCUGAUGGCAGAUCAUGUCAGGCUACUGACCUUUGCAAUGGAGUAGAUCACGGCUGUGAGUUUAAGUGUGUCAGUACAUCAGGCUCUUACCACUGCGUUUGCCCAGAGGGACAGCAGCUCCAAACUGAUGGGAAGACAUGUAACAAGUGCAAGGCAGGGCACAUUGACCUAGUGCUGGUGAUUGAUGGCUCUAAGAGCGUCCGGCCCCAGAACUUUGAGCUGGUGAAGCAGUUUGUGAACCAGAUUGUAGAUUUCCUGGAUGUGUCACCACAUGGCACACGUGUGGGACUGGUCCAGUACUCCAGCCGUGUGCGCACCGAGUUCCCACUCAACAAACACAAGACAGCAAAUGAUGUCAAGGCGGCUGUGAUGAAGGUGGAGUACAUGGAGAAGGGCACCAUGACUGGCUUGGCUCUCAAGCACAUGAUUGAGCACAGCUUUUCUGAGGCAGAAGGUGCCAGGCCACUGUCCCAGAACAUACCCAGAAUUGGGCUGGUCUUCACUGAUGGACGUUCCCAGGAUGAUAUCUCUGAGUGGGCCAGGAAGGCAAAGGAAUCGGGAAUCGUCAUGUUUGCAGUUGGGGUUGGAAAAGCUGUGGAAGAGGAGCUGAGGGAAAUCGCCUCCGAGCCCGUGGAGCAGCACUUUUCAUACUCUGCUGAUUUCAGCACCAUGACCCAUAUCGUUGACAACCUCAAACUUAACAUCUGCCCUGAGGAGGGCAAAGGAGAGACUGAAAUCCGGAGUCCAUGCGAGUGCGAGGCCCUUGUGCAGUUCCAGUCAAACACCGUGGCCAUCCUGGAGAGCCUGACAGAGAAACUUGCUCAGAUGACAGCCAGACUCGAAGAUUUGGAAAACCAGAUUGCCAAAAAGAAGUGAUCUCUUCACAUGGCCAGGAAGCACUCAAGCUUGGGGUACAGAAACAUACUGUAGCUACACAUCAUUCUUAUUUCUAGGUUAUUGUAAAGGGCCAUUGUUUGUUCUUAUGUCACAAAAUCCUGAGAGGGACUCAGAGAUCUAAAAGAAAAAAACAAAAAAACCCUGUUCCAAAAGUAAGUGGAAUCAACCUUCAAUGCUGGUCCAUUCCUCUGGGACGAGGCGCAGCAAGCGUGGCUGGCUUGGACAUUCAGAGAGGAAACAGGCAACAAGUUGCAUGGCAUCAGGGAUGAAUCGAUAGCAGCUGGCCUCUGGCUUCUUCACGGAGGACCAGAUCCGAGGGUUUCCAUUAGGCAGCAGAAAUGCUUUGCAAAGGCAGCAGUUCCAUCCUGGAGGUUUCCUGCAGCUCAGCUCUCACUUCAAACAGUUCUUAGACUUGGUGUUGAUGGGGAAGGGAGUUUCCAAUGUUCCCACUCUGUGUGGGACGUGCUGUUUGCUGCCCUGCUCAUCCUCAUUGGAAAGUGAGAGCUCCUUCAGCAACCUCUUUGUCUCUAAAGCUUUUUGCUUGCAUUGCACUUGAAUUGAAUAUUUGAUUCCAUUAAAGGGGAGAGAACUCCAAAUAGAAACCAGACAAAACAGAUGAUCAAAUGCAGCUGGAAUAUUCCUGAUUGAAUCUCCUUUUCACCCAUGAUUUUGGCAGAUUGUUGCAGAAUUUAUCAUCUUGUUUUCUAUCCAAUAUAAAUAUAUAUAUAGAAAAAUA